AUGUCCUCAAGCGUCGCCAUCAAGCCACAGGGAUGCGAGUGCACUGCCAAGUCUGCGAAUCCGGCCGCGUUCGCCCCGGAACGCUCCGACUCGCAGCAGAAACCAGCCUCAUCAUCAUCUGCAGCGACAACCACUACAAUGACAAGUGCACCGUCGUCGACGGACAAGACCUCCUCCCACGAAACUUUAUGCCGUUGCUCGCGCAUUGUCUCGCGGUCACCAACCCUAAUCCAGUCAUUGGUCGACUUUUGCGUCUGCGGACUUGCAGGAUGCUCGUGCUCCAACCACGACCACCUCACUGACAAUGACAAGGAGGCCGUGCAUCAUGUUCGCAGCAAGCUUCUGCCAUGGGAACCAACGCUCCACUUGCUCAUGGACAAUAUCGCAAACGAUGCCAAGCACAUUGCCAAAGUUUUGCUGCUCCAAGAUCCUCAAGGCAGCAGUGGUGGUGACCAGCCCCACAACAACAACAGCAACAAUAACAACACCAAAGGACUGGCAGAAUCCGCCGAUCGCCCUGCAGCCACCCACCUCGAAGACGACCGCUCCAAAACCAACGCUUCCAAACCCGAAAACAACAUUCAAGGCGUUCGAAUCAUCAACAACAGAAUCGAAAUCGCCACCAGGGCUAGCGCCGACGACCAAGAUGCUGCAGGCACCCUCGCACAGCUGCUUGCACUGCUCCAGCAGAACGGCAUUCAAGCUCGCCCCGCCACCGACAACGCGCCACCCGUUCUUCGUGGGCAGCGCCAAUCGAGCCUGGCCCGGUUCCUACCGGCGCGCCUCGCCAGUGCUCGAAACCUUUUCCGAAGCGCCAGUCGCAUCAACCCCUUUGCAAGCCGGCAACGAGCAGCCUCUACUUCCACCGUCAACAUUGAGCUCGUCCACGUCCCGGACACUGUCCCUCAGCUCAGCACUGCUUCAAAAUCACCCACGGGGACCCCCGCACGACGUGUCGCCCUGUCUGUUGAUGGCAUGACGUGCGCCUCCUGCGUCAACUCGAUCGAGUCGGCCAUUCAAGUUCUUCCGGGCGUGCUGCACGUCACUGUUUCGCUUUUGGCGGGCCGUUGCGAUGUCGACUUUGAUCCGUCGAAAGAGGCCGCCGUGUCGGAAGAAUCGAUUUGCGCAGCCAUCAACGACAUGGGCUUUGACGCAUCCAUCCUGCCGCCACCGCGCGAGUCUGGCAAGGCGGUGCUGGAGGUGACUGGCAUGACAUGCGCCUCGUGCGUUGCCUCCAUUGAGCAAUCGAUCGGACGGCUGCCCGGCGUUGAAUCCAUUGCCAUCAACCUGCUCGGCGCGACCGCACACGUGAGUUUUGCGCCAGAGACAACCAACCUGCGCACCAUCAUCGAGGCCAUCGAUGACAUGGGCUUUGGUGCCAGCCUGCGCAAGGGCACGAGCGCUUCGGCUGAAGCCAAGCACCGCCGCGAGCUCGAAAUUGUGUCCUUGCGCCGACAGUUUCUCUUCUCGCUCGCCCUGACCAUUCCCAUCUUUUUGAUCGGCAUGCUGUUUGAGCUCAUCGGUGGCGCUGUCUGGGAGCCGUUCGAAACCAAAGUCGUGCGAGGCGUCACAGUCCAACUCGUCAUUCUUCUCGUUCUGACCACCAUCGUCCAGUUUGGCGUGGGCAAGCGGUUUUACUUUGGCGCAUUCAAUGCGCUCAAGCACCGAACGGCCAACAUGGACGUGCUCGUUGCCAUUGGCAUCACGGCAGCGUACGCCGUGUCCGUUCUGGUCAUUAUUCUGCGGCUGGUCGAUCCGAUGGUCGAAACGAUGCAAUACUUUGAAACGUCUGCCAUGCUGAUUACUUUUAUUGUCAUGGGCAAGUACCUCGAAGCACGCGCCAAGGGCAAGACCAGCGAGGCGCUCACAAAGCUGUUUGAACUGCAGCCGUCCACGGCCGUUCUCCUCGAGCUCGAGCCGUCAACCACCAAGGUCGAUGAGAAUUCUGCUGCUGAUAGCCCCGCCCCGGCGGCGCGUGUCUACACGGAAAAGCACAUCCCGAUCGAGCUGGUCAACGCGGGAGAUUUGCUCAAAGUCCUCCCCGGUGCCAAGAUGCCGGUUGACGGCGUUGUCGUUUGGGGCACGGCCAGCGUGGAUGAGAGCAUGAUUACCGGCGAAUCCUUGCCAGUGACAAAGAGCGUCGACAGUCCCGUCACUGGAGGCACGGUCAACUUGAACGCCGUGAUGGUCGGAACGGGUGUCGGCGCCAGCAACGGCGUUCUGAUCAAGGGCGGCGAGGCGCUGGAGAAGGCGCACAAGACCUCUGCCAUCAUUUUUGACAAGACAGGCACGCUCACGCACGGCAAGCCGGCUGUGACGCACCUCCGGUUCCUUGGCGCAUCCUCAUCGUUGUCGUCGGAGGCCCAGUUUGAGGACUGGCUCGUCUGCGCCGAGAGCGGCAGCGAGCAUCCGCUCGGCCGUGCUAUCGUGCAGCACCUGCAAGCCAAGAAUCCCGCUGCAGCCAGCAUCGACGCUUCUCGGAUUGGCGGCUUCCGUGCCGUUUCAGGCAGAGGGCUCGAGUGCGUGGUGGACGGGUCGCGUCACAUUGUUGUUGGCAACCGCGCCUGGAUGACGGAAAACAACGUCGCAAUCUCUGAGGCGGUUGAGUCUGACAUGGUGGCGUUGGAAGGGCAAGGCCACACGGUCAUGCUCGCCGCGGCUGGUGCCACAACUUCAGCGGCCACGCCAACCUUUGAGCUGCUCGGCUUUGUGGCGGUUGCCGAUACCAUCAAGCCAGAGACGCGCAGCGUCGUGGAAAUGCUGCGUCGCCAAAAGAUUGAGGUGUGGAUGGUCACAGGCGACAACGAGCGCACUGCACGCGCCAUUGCACAGCAGGCCGGAAUCACCAACAUUUUUGCGCAAGUGCUGCCCGCGGACAAGGCUGAGAAGGUCAAGGAGCUGCGCGCCCAAGGCCACACAGUGGCCAUGGUCGGCGAUGGCAUCAACGACUCGCCUGCCCUGGCGGAGGCUGAUGUGGGGCUGGCCGUCGGCGCCGGCACGGACGUUGCGAUCGAGGCCGCCGACAUGGUCCUGCUCAAGAGCGACCUGCGCGAUGUGAUUGUGGCGUUCGACAUUAGCCGCAAGACCUUCCGUCGCAUCCAGCUCAACUUUGUCUGGGCGUACGGCUACAACAUCAUUGCCAUCCCGCUUGCCAUGGAGAUUUUGUACCCCUUCACUGGCUGGGUCUUUCCCGCCUGGCUCGCGGGCCUUGCCAUGGCCAUGUCCUCUGUCUCUGUCGUCAUGUCUUCGCUGGCCCUCCGUUGGUACCGCAAGCCGCGGAUGGACUGA